AGCCGAUGAAUUGAUGAUGCAUUUUAAAAUAAUUUGCACAAGAAAAUAAGGAGUUGACUGGUCUGCAAUUUCCACUCUCUAGUAAAUUAGGAAAAGCAGAAGGGCAUAUCAGUAAAAAAAAGGUUGAUGCUACAACGAAAGCACUAAGCAGAGCAUCUCAGCCAAGUCGAUAGCAGAGAUUGAUAAACUAUGGAAAUCGUAUUAUCCCAGAUAAUUGUUGCACUUGUGGUGAAAUGACUGAAUUGGGCAUCACUGAGGAAGCAGGGUCUGAAUGGUAGAGGUAGAAAGGCUUCCGCACUCAAGUCGCUCGAUGUGCUGCUCUCGCCCUCGGCGGUGAAGAUGCUGUCGGAGAGGUAGAGAGGGAGAAGAGAGAAAGAGAGGCGAGAAGAGUUAGAAGAGGGAGGGACGGAUAGAGAGAGAGGCAGGAGCUGAUGCAAUUUGUUUUUUUGUUUUUUUUUUAAUUUCCAGUCGCAUCCGGGUCGGGUGCAACCCGAUUGCACCAAGACCACCUCUUUUUCUUUUCUUUUUUUGAAUUACACACGCAGUCGAAUUAUUUAAUCGUUUUUUCUCCGAUUCUCGUCGGCUUCUGUUUUGUCCAAUAUAAAAACUGGUAGAGAGAAGCAUGAAAGAUCUGCACACACUAUCACACCGUCGGAAACGCGCAGAUGGGCGUUGCAGAGAGAGACAUCGAUGAUCUGCCCAAGAACCCAGCUAACUACACGGCUCUGACGCCGCUCGGGUUUCUGGAGCGGGCUGCCCUGGUCCACCCGACCCGGAAGUCCAUCAUCCACGGCUCCCUCAGCUACACGUGGCACCAGACUUACCGUCGAUGCCGCCAGCUCGCCUCCGCCCUCGCAACCCGCGGUGUCACCUUUGGUAGCACAGUUGCAGUUAUUGCGCCAAACAUUCCAGCCAUGUACGAAGCCCAUUUUGGGGUUCCAAUGUCCGGUGCUGUACUAAAUGCCGUCAAUGUUCGUCUGAAUGCACAGACCAUAGCUUUUCUUCUCGGACAUUCACAAUCCGCCGUCAUUAUGGUUGAUCAAGAGUUCUUCACUUUAGCCGAGGAAUCUCUGAAAAUUAUAGCAGAUACACAGAAAGAAAAGUUCAGGCCUCCGAUUCUGAUAGUGAUCGCGGAUGAGAAUUGUGAUCCGAAGUCACUACACUACGCACUGGGAAGAGGAGCCAUUGAGUAUGAAAAGUUUAUGGAAACUGGCGACGCGGACUUUGAGUGGAGACCACCACGAGACGAGUGGCAAAGCAUCACAUUGGGUUAUACCUCGGGCACGACGGCUAGUCCUAAGGGGGUCGUGCUGCACCACCGAGGGGCGUAUCUCAUGGCUCUGAGUAAUGCCGUUGUAUGGGGAAUGCAAGAAGGUGCUGUUUAUCUUUGGACUCUACCGAUGUUCCAUUGCAAUGGUUGGUGUUUCACUUGGACUCUCGCGGCACUUUGUGGGACGAGCAUAUGCCUUAGACAGGUCUCAGCAAAAGGUGUCUACUUGGCUAUAGCAAAUCUUGGUGUGACUCAUUUUUGUGCUGCACCUGUGGUUCUCAACACCAUCGUGAAUGCACCGAAAAACGAGACGAUCCUCCCCCUCCCUCGUACUGUCCAUGUGAUGACGGCCGGUGCUGCUCCGCCCCCUUCAGUUCUAUUUGCAAUGUCUCAACAAGGCUUUCGAGUAACUCACACUUACGGACUCUCGGAAACUUAUGGUCCCUCGACUAUAUGUGCAUGGAAGCCCGAGUGGGACUCGCUACCCCCCGAAGAUCAAGCCCGUCUGAACGCGAGGCAAGGGAUCCGAUAUGUUGCCCUGGAGGGCUUGGACGUCGUCCAUUCCGAAAACAUGACACCUGUGCCCUCUGAUGGUAAGACGAUCGGAGAGAUCGUCUUCAGGGGCAAUGCCGUGAUGAAGGGAUAUCUGAAGAACCCUAAAGCGAACGCAGAGGCUUUUGCCAACGGAUGGUUUCACUCCGGCGACCUAGCCGUGAAGCACCCCGACGGCUACAUCGAGAUCAAGGAUCGAUCGAAGGACAUCAUCAUAUCUGGAGGCGAAAACAUCAGCAGUGUCGAAGUGGAGAAUAUUCUCUACCAGCACCCUGCGAUAUUCGAGGUCUCGGUUGUGGCCCGACCGGACGAGAGGUGGGGCGAGUCGCCAUGCGCAUUCGUGACACCCAAGCCGGGCGUUGACGCAUCCGGCCUGGCGGACGACAUAAUGAAGUUCAGUCGGGCAAAGAUGCCGGCGUACUGGGUCCCGAAGUCCGUCGUCUUCGGGCCGUUGCCGAAGACGGCCACUGGGAAGAUACAGAAGCACCUGUUGAGGAGCAAGGCGAAGGAGAUGGGGCCGGUGAGGAUGAGUAGGAUGUAACCGCGCGGGCCCGCUGACGUGGUAUUGGCGGGAAAAUUAUCCGUUCUAAACCCGAUCAACGUUAUCAAGUCCCCUGUAACAUAGUAUAUUGUAUCUAUCUUCAUAUGUUGGAGGAUAUUUUGAUCUAUUUGGACAACAUUCUAUGAUUUGGUUUUGGUUGAUACCCA